AACUAGGAAAAAUACUUUCACUUUAACAGAAAACGGUACAGUUCUUAUGCACAGUUCGUAUUAUCCAUGGAAGAACGCAACACAGAAGUGUUACAAACUGAAUGGUUAUGCAACACGUUACGUAAACACAACAUUUAAUUUUCAAGAGUUACCUAGAGGUUCCCUCUGGACUGGAGUCAUACGAAGCAAUGCAAUCUACAAGUACGACGAAAUAGACAUUAAAACCUUUAGCAAGAUUGAAUGUGGAUACACUGUACUAUCACAAAGUGACCAAAAAGAUGUUAUGUUCACAGACAAUUGCAACUCCGCUCUAAGGGAAGUUCUAUGCCGUUAUGAAACCACUUCGACUGUGACAACAUUUCCCACUUACAUGGCAAAUUCUGAACUAACUGGAAGUGACAGUAGCACAAAAACAGAUAAGACAACUUUAUCUUCAAACAUUUCAAGUGGCAACUGGUCUGGUACCGAUAUCAAUGAACAAGAGAUACAGUACAAAGAUUCUGACUUCGGUGCCAUCAUUGGUUCCUCUGUUGCAUCUAUCCUGGUAGUAAUUGCUGCUGCUGCUGUCAUUGCAAUUAUUUUGAAAAGACGACACAACAAUCAAAGUGAACAUCAGACUAAAAUGGGUAACUUAUCAGAGCAAGCCAAUUAUAUUACACCUAUUUCGACUGAAGCAGACGACAGAAUCUACAUAAACGUGAGAGACAACGAUACAGGAGAAACAAACGACUGUCACGAAACACCAAAUCCACACCGAAAUGUGUAUGAAUAUUUACAAGGCAGAAGUAAUGAAGACCAUUUCUACGAAACAACAAAUUCCAGUCUUAAAUAAAACAGAGUGACGCAUUUAGAUGUG